ACUAAUUUUUCCUUUAAAAAAAUUGCUUUUUCUUGCUGAAGAUACUCGUACGAAUCACAUUGGAGGCAGAUAAACAUGACAAAACACCCAAAAUUGGAUUUAAUUCUAAGCAAAAGAAAAAAUUUAACUGUAAAUAGUUAUUGCAACAAGAAACCCCAUACGCAAAUUCCUAAGAGAAAUUCUUCAUUUUGCCUGUCUCUUCACCUUCAUCCUAAAAUUUCCCACUUUUUUCUAUUUGGGUUUUGUUUUUAAUUAUGUGUUAAUUAACCAAAGACAGGAAUUUAUGCAACCCAUCUCACAUUGUCUUAUGCUUCAAUCUUCUUAACAAGAUGGGUUUCUCUUUUUGGGUCAAUAGAUGCCAAAACAUAGCAGUAGGAGGACAGAGCAGAGGAGAGAGACAAGGGCGAAUGAGAUAAGCAAUCGAACAAUUUUUCGCCAUGGAAGAAGAGUUGGGUAAUGCUAUGCAUUCCGAGGAGAACAAAGAUUCUACUGAGAAGAACAAGAAACGGAAGUUGAAGACACCUUCCCAGUUGGUUGCUUUAGAGAAGUUCUAUAAUGAACGUAAGUAUCCUACAGAGGAAAUGAAAUCACAGCUCGCCGAGCAGCUAGGUUUGACUGAAAAGCAAAUAUCUGGAUGGUUUUGCCACAGAAGAUUAAAAGACAAAAGAUUUUGUGAUACAUAUACUAGUGUACGGCAGGAUCGUUCAAGUGGCGUCAUUCAAGAUCAUGGCAGUGGGCUUGCACAAGAUUCAUGUGGUAGCACGAAAAAUGGAGACUAUUGGCAUAUUGAUCCACGUGAAGUUGAAAGUCAAAAGCCUUACGGCCAUGAGCUAGCUUCAGAUAAUGUCCUGGAGCGUAGGAGCCAAUAUACAGAAAAUGUUAGUAAUAUGGAAAAUACAUCUUCGGAAAGCAGCUCUUCUUUAAAAGAUAGGUUAGUAUCUCAAAAUGAGAAUCCAUAUGAUACAGAAGUUUCUCGGUAUUUAACACAUGAGGGUGCUAUUCCACCAUCAAAUCCAAAGGCUUUAAGCUCUCUGCGAUACAAACCAUCUGGCUAUUUAAAAGUGAAGGGCGAAGUUGAAAAUGCUGCUAUUACUGCUGUUAAGAGACAGUUGGGUGCGCAAUAUCGGGAGGAUGGUCCACCACUUGGUGUGGAAUUCCAGCCACUUCCUCCUGGUGCAUUUGAGUCCCCAGCUAAAGGUCCGAGCCAUGAUUCAUACUAUGUUGGAAAUCCGCUUCUUCCUCGUUCUCCAGACAUAUUGACAAUGAAGAAACAAAGAGCUCUUGGCUCUAGGUAUGAAGUGCACAGUUCAAAUAUGAGUUCUCAGGACUCAUAUAGGGAGGAAGCAGCUCCCACUGGCACUACAUGUAGACCUGAGUGUCAGGAAAAGAAUUCUGUUUACCAAUUAAAGAAAAGUUCCAACUAUUACAACAAAUCCGAUCCAUUUCCUCGACAGAACUCUCCCUUGAAUAUGUAUGAGGAAUCUGGUGGGCUGACAUUUUCCAGUAGUAAAAGGGAUCACAAAAUGAACCCUAGCUAUAACAUUCCUAGAAGCCGAACCGAUUCUGUUUCCAACAAUCAUGGCUCCUAUUCAUCAAAAGUUGCUAGUGAACAGACAGAAAUGCAGUUGCAUAACCAUGGCUCAAAGAGUUUUUAUAGGAGUGGCUAUUUGGACUAUAAUCCUAAAAAGAUGCCAAAGGAAAUGUUCAAUGGAGAAGAAAAGGCAGUAAAUGAAAGUAUUGAUCUAGUUAGAGGGAAGAUCCCACCAACAAAUGAAUUGGCUGUUGCGAAUCGAUGUCAGUUGGAUUUUCCUCGGUCAGACUAUGCAGCAAAAGCAUCCGUUUCUGAAAAACCAGGGCGGAAAAAUCAUGCUAGAAGGUCCGUUCAAGUAACCAUUGCUAGUAGCGUGCAAAUUAUUGUCCACAAUGGAGAUGCCUUACAGCUUCUCCGUCGAUGAAGCUGAAGAUACUAGUUCAUCGUUGGACUGAGCAAUGGUAGAAGUUCCGGCAAGGUCUGAAAUUAGAGUACAUAAAUUGGAAUUAUUGUAAAUUGGGUAGUAAUAUUAGUGAGUUGAAGCAAACUUUAGGCAGAUUCUGGCUGUCAGGUUCUCUCCCUCCCUCUCCUCUCUUGUGUAUACGUAUAAAGCCUCCAUUUUAUAACCUUCUUCCCACAAAUUCUACAAGGUGAAGCCUAUCUUCUAUCCUCCUUUUUGUUUCUGUGCAUGGAUGAUGGAUCUCCUAUCGGGAUCCUGGUCACGUAGAUUUGUACUUCUGUAAUUUUGUUUGAAUGACAGAGAAGCAUUGACAAUGUAUUAUAAACUGCACCGUCCAUCUAUGACUCGAUAUUUUUGUUUCAAGGAACUGUUUUGAAGUCCUAACAAUAUGUUAUCUUAUAUUUUAGCUAUUCAUUUGUUCA